GUGGGGGCUCCGGUGUCUCCCAACCUGCGGAGCGUUAGCACCAUUCUGUGAUGGGAAUGCGAAGGACACCAUCACCGGCCUCAGGGUCAUCUAAAGCGAAAAGACAGCGAAGCAGAUAGUGCAGCAGCCAUGGAGAAGAACUCAAGUUUAUGGAAAAGCCUGGUGACCGAGCACCCGCUCUGCACCUCCUGGAAGCAAGAGGCCGAAGGGGCCAUUUACCACCUCGCCAGCAUCUUGUUUGUAGUAGGAUUCAUGGGUGGCAGUGGAUUCUUUGGGCUCCUUUACGUCUUCAGCUUGCUGGGGCUGGGUUUCCUCUGUUCUGCGGUCUGGGCGUGGGUGGACGUCUGCGCUGCUGACAUGUUUUCCUGGAACUUUGUGCUGUUUGUCAUCUGCUUCAUGAAGUUCGUUCACAUCGCCUAUCAAGUCCACAGCAUAACCUUCGCCCGCGAAUUCCAUGUGUUGUACAGCUCCCUCUUCAAGCCCCUCGGGAUCCCUUUGCCCGUCUUCAGAACAAUUGCUCUGAGCUCUGAAGUGGUUACUUUGGAAAAGGAGCACUGUUACGCCAUGCAAGGGAAAACCUCCAUUGACAGACUCUCCGUGCUUGUUUCUGGAAGGAUCAGAGUGACAGUCGAUGGUGAAUUCCUGCAUUAUAUUUCCCCCUUUCAGUUCCUGGAUUCUCCAGAGUGGGACUCGCUGAGACCCACAGAGGAAGGCACUUUUCAGGUAACCCUCACAGCAGACACCGAUUGCCGAUACGUGUCCUGGAGGAGGAAAAAGCUGUAUCUGCUCUUUGCGCAACAUCGUUAUAUCUCCCGCCUGUUUUCGGUUUUGAUUGGCAGUGACAUUGCAGAUAAACUCUAUGCCUUGAAUGACAGGGUUUAUAUAGGGAAGAAACAUCACUACGAUAUUCGGUUACCCAACUACUACCAGAUGUCAAGUCCGGACUUGUCCAGAUCACCCCUAACAGACCAGUUUCGGAAUUCCAGACAACAUUGUAACAAAUGACAUCAACACCUGAAGUUGUGUCACCGCUGCCAAAAAGACUUCAUCAUUCCCCACACAAGUUAGCACACUACUG